CUUUAAACCCAAGAACUUCAAAGGAGACUCGCGUGGUGUCUCUUGAAUCGACGUGCCAGAAUCCAACAACAGAGCAUAGUGCUUCAAAUCGUAUAUGAUAAGUAACGGAAAUUUCAAAAGUUGUUCAUCAAAUGUAGACAUUCUUAAUGUAUCUUUGCCUGUAUGUAGAUCUCGUACAAACACACACUUUCCUAAUGCCUUGAUCGCCUCCUCUGGGACACUUGGUGAUCAUCUUAAAGGCCGAGACGUAAGUUGCAGACACAGCAACAACGACGGCAGCCCCAACAGAAGAAGCACUAGAAAUAAAUAUAACUCAGUGGCCUUCGGAAGGAACGGAGACACUGACGAUGAUGACUUUGUCAGCAGGAAGGAAGCAGAAAGUAAUAAUGCCAUAACAGCCAAUGACUCAGCAGUUGACUGUGACUUGAACACAAACACAAAUGCUUCGUACGACUACCAAAAGAGCACAGAUGCUGUUAAUGGCUGCCAGCACAACGAGGAAAGAGUCGCCGAUGACACCUAUAUGACGACUCGUAGGCCGGAAGUCGGGAAUGCAAAUACCACGAGGAAAAAACGCACCGCAGAUGGCUACAACGAGACAGAAGACUCUUCUGGUGGUUGUCCUGAUAGGAAUGAGACAGGUGGUGGUGAUUCGUGCGUGGAAGGAGGCAGGGAGGACGAGGAGACAACCAGGGACCAGGUGAGGGAGUUCAAGGUGUUGCUGCGAGAGCUCACGGAAGAGGUGGAAUCAGGACUGACAGCUGUUUCCCAGGGAACACACUACAGCUGGAACAAGUGCUAUAACAUUAUCAAGGCAGUGAAGUGGUCGCUGCGUGAGGCAGCACGGGACGAGGAAGACCUGUGUCUGACCUUCCUGAAGGAGGUGUUGACCUUGCUACUCACAGCCUGCCCAGGACUCCACAAUAUCCUCGCCCCUACCGACUGGUGGUUGGCACUGGAGGCCGUGAGCAGUGCCGUGAUGGUGGUGAGUACGUGGUCACCGCUGCUGCUGAGAGCUGGCAACCUACUUCUGCAAGCACUCCUUGGCAUCUGUGACAGGAUAAACAACUGGAUAUCUGGUGGCGGCCAGGUUGGCGGAGAGCAUCUGGCGGAGGUGGCGUAUUGGCUGGCUGCAUCUAUGUCCAAGGUGGUCACCACAGCCUGUAUCUUUCCACAAGAGCCUGAAGCGGCCUACUCCACCACUACCACCAAACUGGCCUCGGAAACCUUCACCCUGAGCGAUGAGCCGUCCAUCGAGGCUGCCCUGGAAGCACUGAGCCCGGGUGUUGAUGCUGUUUACACCAGUAUGUCGAGUUGGGCUAAUUCUACAGAGGGGAUGCUGUACUUUAUGCCUCCUGCAACGGUGCCUCAGGCAAGAGAUACGACAUGGGAGGAGAACCGGUCACGUGGCAGGAUGAUUCCUAGUGACAUAUUCACCGGAUUUGCACCGCCAGCACGAGAAACAGCAUGGGGAAUUGGUCGGGAAAAAAGUAGAGAGGACACUGAAGGAGACGUGGUGUUGCUCCAUGGUAGGGCUGAUGAAGGAAGACCGAUUACAUAUGCAGUAGGAGAAAUCGCAAAGGAAGACUCUAUCACCGCUGCUCUAGAUGCAUUAGCGCCAUAUUCACGACGUAAAAUCACCACCAACCCUCUUUUAAAAAAGCAGAGAACCAACAUUUGUAAGGAUCGAUGUACCAACACCUCGUCCGGUCCCCCAGAACUCGCUGAAGUGGAGUGGAACCUCUUGUACUGGAGAUCUGUCUUGAGGGAAAAGUGUGAGCCUUUUACCGACCUGCUUCCAAUGUUUGGACUCCAGAUUACGGAAAUCGUUCACAUCAUUGAUCGCUGUUGUGGUUAAUUCAUGUAUAAAAAACUUAUGCCACUUGUGUUUAAGUGGUGUUCAUAAUUUGCCAAAAUAUAGUUAUUAAAAAAUAAAUAUUCUAAUUCCA